AUGGUCGACAUCGUCCCGCUCUCCUCCUACCCCUCCUAUAUCGACCUGCUCCCCUCCAUCCAAACCUGCAACAUCACCAAUCUGCCCGAGAACUACUUCCUGAAAUACUACCUCUACCACGCCCUCACAUGGCCACAACUGAGCUUUGUCGCCGUGGUCCGGCCCAAGAACGGGUAUAAGAGCGGUUUGGGGGUGGGCGGGGCCGGCGCUGCUGGCGAUAUCUCCGGCCAGUAUCCGAAGGUGGUGGGGUAUGUGCUUGCGAAGAUGGAGGAGGAACCUUCGGAUGGGCUGCAGCAUGGACACAUUACGAGCUUGUCAGUGAUGCGGACGCAUCGGCGGCUGGGCAUUGCAGAGCGCUUGAUGCGCAUGAGUCAGCUCGCAAUGGCCGAGUCCCACCGCGCCAAUUAUGUCUCUCUGCAUGUGCGUGUCUCCAACACCGCCGCCCUUCGCCUGUACCGGGACACGCUGGGUUUUGAGGUCGAGAAGGUGGAGAGCAAGUACUACGCAGAUGGCGAGGAUGCCUACGCCAUGCACCUAAACCUGCAGAAGCACUGGCUGGACUGGAAGGCGAUUGAGAAGAGGGACCGGGAGAACGAGAAGGCCGAAGGGAAGGGUGAAGACGACGAGAACGCCGACGAGGGCGACGAGGUGGGUGAGUUGGGUAAAAAGGAGGAUGGCAAGACUGGGGAGAAGAUGAUGAAAGUCAAGGUUGGUCGCGGGCUGGGUGUCGGUGAUCUGGUGGAGAGAAAUGAGAGCCAGCAAUCAUGA